AUGGCACAUCGGCUGCGUCGCCUCUGCGAUCAGGUGGCCCCUGCGCCCUGCAGCACAUCGGCGGCAAGCGCUUCAGGGCCACCUGCGACCGGCUCCAUUGCCGGUUCGGUGGUGGUGACACUGGUGGCGGCGGGCAACAGCGGUCACGUUUGUGCUGCCUUGAUCAACGGCAACACGGGAGGCCGCGUCAAGGUGCAGCUGCUCACGAGUCGACCCGAGCUCUUUUCCAACUUGCGACCGCUGGUGCAUUUUCCUGACGGUCAGACUCAGGAGGGCGUCCUCCAUCGCGUCUCCCGCAAUCCGGCCGAGCUCAUUCCGAACUCCGACAUCGUCCUUUGGACUGGGCCGGUGACCAGCACGAAGGAAGUCUUCGAGAACCUGCGGCCGUACCUGGAUCCGCAGAAGACUUGCAUUGGCACGAUCUUCGCGCAAGGCCUCGUGCAUGUCUUGGCCCAGCGCACCUUCGGGCCCAGCAUUCGCUUCUUCGCCUUGCGCAACAUCCCCUGGCUCUGCCGGGUGGUGAAGGUUGGUGCGGAGUGUGAGAUUGUCGGAGCCAAGAGCAGCAUUGGUGUGAUGACAAUGAACCUUACCAAAGAGUGGGUCAAGGCAGAGCUGGAACCGCUCUUCCUCGUCAAGAAGAUGGGGAAGCAUGAACCGGUCAUCGAGCUGCUUCCAGACUUCUGCCCGAUCGUUUUCAACCCAGCGAACCAGAUCAUCCAUCCCGCCCGCUACUGGGCCAUGUUCCGAAACUGGAACGGCCAGCCUCUUCCCAAGGACAUGGAGCCGCCUGAGUGGCUCUACAGGGAUAUGGACGAGACCGCUGGACAGGUGUUGGAAGUGCUCGAUGAGGAGCUGCAGCACCUCAAGGAUGCCUUCCACCAGGCAACGGGCGCCGAAGGCUGCCAACAUGUCAUUCCCUUGGCCACGCGCCUGCUGGAGCAGUACGGCGACCAGAUUGCCGACAAGUCCACUAUGGCCAAGAUGGUCGGCACCAACAAGGCCUACUCUAUGGCAAGGACACCCGUUCUACGAAGCAAGGCUGGAGUCAUGCCACAUCCCACGCACCGCGUGGUCACAGAUGACAUCGGCUGGGGCCUAUGUGUCUUGGUGUCCAUCGCCGAGCGCCUGCAGGUCCUUGGCUUCCCGACUCCGACCACCAUGAUGCGGAUGCUCAUCGAGUGGCACCAGAAGCUGAUGGGCAAGGAGUACCUCUACAACGGUCAGCUGCGUGGGCGAGACUGCACGGAGUUGGUGCUGCUGGGUCCUGGGGACGACCUCGUGCUCGUGGCCAAGGGAGUCGAAGGUGGCCGCUCGGACCAUUGGAUCUCCACCGCCGACGAGCAGGCUAUGGAGCCGCGCUACGGCAAUCCCUGA